UGUCUUCCAGCUGGCGACGCGAGUACACACCCCCCUGGAAAAAGCCUGGAAGGAGGAGAAGGAGGGGGUUGCGACAGGCCAAUGGCCGGCUCGUAUUAUCUACCCGCAUGCUGAACGACGUGAUGCCGGCCCUGCUGGACUAGCCUCCUCUUUUAUUUCGAUUCUUAUUUUCUUUUUCCUUUUCGUUUCCAUCUUCUCUCGCUGGCUAAGUCCCCACGCCCGGCGACGCCCCACAGCCCAACUCCCUUGCCGAGCUUCUACCCGAUGCCUACCCCAGCACACAAUAGGGAGCGACACAGGAGGUCGCGGACGGACGGGCGGGAAACGAAAUGGAGUGGAACCGUCCUUUGGGUAUCGGCAUGGAUGAUGUCGAGCAUCCUCCAUCCAUGUUUGCGCGUCGCCGUGGUGCUGGUGGUGGUCAACGAGUGGCUAUCGCGCGCGACAGAGGAGGCCUGCAAGCCCUGCGUAGCUCCAGGCGACCGUGUAUCCCUGCCCGCCGCACAUUGGCUGGGUUGGGGAGGGCCCGUUCGGGCAGAACAAGCAAGGGGACGAUGGGACCAGAUGCGCGAAGCUGCAUGGUGGUCAGGCUACCAAGUAAUACCGCAGGCACUUGAGGCAGGAGGUAAUUGCUGCUCACUCUCAGGUUCCCUACGGACACAGUCCGCCCGCAUGCGCCUGAGAUGGUCGGUUACGACGUAUGCAGGCCGCUUUGUCGGCAGGUCAGUCUGCACAUGCGUCCCACAGCCAGCCAGCGACGAGCAGGCGGCGCGGCUGCUGACCAUGGUCUGA